UCUCCCAGUCAUUCUUAUGAAACAAAAUACUGGACUAUUUAAGUCUCCCUCGCAUUUACAACAUCGUAAUCAAAUGUGUGAAAAUGUCGUUCUACAGGAAUGCCGUUUGGUUUGUGAAAGGACUGCAGGAGUACACAAAGAGUGGUUAUGAAGCAGCAGCAAAGCAUUUUUCUCCAGCUGACCUAGAUGUAAACCUGAAUGGAAGAUCCUUUAUAGUCACAGGUGCUAACAGUGGGAUAGGUAAAACUACAGCCCAGGAAAUCGCCAACAGAGGAGGAACUGUUCACAUGAUUUGUAGAAACAAGGGUCGAGCAGAAGCAGCUAAAAAGGAAAUUGUGGAACAGAGUAAAAAUCAGAAUGUUCACAUCCACAUUGUUGACAUGUCAAGCGCGAGGCAAGUGUGGGAGUUUGCCCAGAACUUCUCACAAAACAACACAGUGCAUGUGCUGAUUAACAAUGCAGGCUGUAUGGUCAACCAGAGGGAAUUAACUGAGGAGGGUCUGGAGAAGAACUUUGCCACUAAUACACUUGGUACUUACAUCCUCACCACUGCACUGAUACCUGCACUGAAAAAGGUUGAAGACCCAAGAGUGAUAACUGUGUCAUCAGGUGGCAUGCUCACUCAGAAACUGAACGUGGAUGACCUGCAGUUUGAGAAAGGGACAUUUGAUGGCACAAUGGCUUAUGCUCAGAAUAAAAGACAGCAGGUGAUUCUGACGGAGAGAUGGGCUUCUCAGCACAAAGAGAUUCACUUCUCCUCCAUGCACCCUGGCUGGGCUGACACACCAGCCGUCCAGUCAUCCAUGCCCUCAUUCCACGCCAAGAUGCAGUCCAAGCUGAGGACAGAAGCCAUGGGAGCUGACACCAUUGUGUGGCUUGCUGUGUCUGCAGCCGCCACCAAACAGCCAAGUGGACUCUUCUUCCAGGAUCGCAAACCGGUGGCGACACACCUGCCCUUGGCCUCGUCCCGUUCCACACCUCAGGAGGAGGAGAAGCUUCUGGCAGCAGUGGAGGAGUUGGCCCUCAAGUUCAAACCUUAGAGCCUGUAAACAAUCUCGUAUUUUUCAAUCUCUUACUUUAUUUUAAAACACUCCUCAAUCGUGACAUGUUUUUGUUUACAUAACUUUACUUUCUUCAUUAAAUUGAAUAUUUGACUGAUAGCCUACCUCAAAAGCUUGUUUUUUGGAAGGAAAAAACUAAUUAAAAACUAUUGUGUGCUGUUUUUUAAGCUUUUCUCUACAAGAACUGUGAAAAGGACUAUCCAGUUUCUUUUUCUUUGAAUACACUAAAUAUACAAUGCUGCAUACAGACUUUAUCAAGCCUUUUGGGAGAUGAAUAGACAAAUCCAGCAGCCAUUUUGUGUAUUACACCAAUUUGCGGGCCGCCAUUAUUAAGGUUGCAAGUCCUAAUUACCUCAUCGGGGAGCAGCAUGAAUAUCUGGACUGACAACGUUAGACAGGGAUCUACAGUUAUUGAUAUGGACAUCUUAUCUGGAGAUCUUAGUCAUUUCGUUUGUCAUGUUAGUUAAACAUCAGUGCAUUCGUGUAAGCUAUGAUUCAUCUGACACCGUGUUUGUGAUCUGUUUGUGUUACUGAUUUUUAUGUUCUAGUCACAACGUUGCCCUGACCAGAGCAAAUAACAUUACAUUUCACAAUAUCUACCAAAUUAAUCAUUUACUCUCAGCAACACCGCAGCCCCUUGUUCAGCUGGAUGGCAACACGGAUACGUACAAUUUAGUGUCCGAUAUGCAACUGUUCACCUAAAUCUACUGUGGUUUUGUUGCUGGGAAUAAGAUCCACUGUUUCCUCUGCUGCGUGUCCACUGUUCCUCCCUUGUGAACACACCACCAUCAGCAGACUGUCAACCACUGCCCCCCCUCAAUGUCUCAGACAGCGGCUAUCUUUAUGAUAAAAUUAUCUGGAAGGAAGGGUCUACUUCUGACGUUUGCCCAGAUUAAUCUAUACAUUUUGGAGUGUUAAUAUGAAGUGUUUGCACACCAAAUAAAAAUGUGUAAUUUUGUUAAUGUUUUAAUUAAACAGAUUAACUCUG